GGCAUACAUUGACAAAGUGACAGAUAUCAGCUGCUCGUUUACACAAACUGAUUUAAAUAUAAUUCCUCAUAUAUUUGUAGUAUAUUUGUAGUUCUUAUUUUUUUCCUACUCCAAAAGCAGCCGAUUUAUUUUCAAAUAGGAUAUUACUAAGCUAAAUCGAUUUAUAUAUUUAUUAACUGUGAUUAAUAAUGGAUGCAUUGAAAGACUGGAGUCCUCUUACAACGUGCAACUAUGAUCCAUUAAAAGCUGGAAGUAUAGAUUGCACAGAUACAGAGCCUCACGAUAAAGCUAUUAGUCGUGCAAUUGAAGCGCACUAUGAACCACCUCAUGGAUUAAAAUCUAAACCGGAGAGAACAGUUUUUGUUGCAAGAUUCGGUCCUCAAACAACAAAAAACGAUUUGAUAGACUAUUUUUCCAGGUGUGGAGAGGCUGUUUCAGCUACAGUAGUAAGAGACAUCGUGACCGGGAUUUCGCAAUGUUACGGUUUUGUGGAAAUGGAAACCGAGGACGAAGCGAGAAAAGUUGUACGGCGUUUACACGGUUCAUCUUUAAAGGGCCAUACAAUUUUUGUUGACUUUGAGUUUGGUAGAUCGAUGCAAGGCUGGAAGCCUAGAAGGCUAGGUGGAGGUUUUGGUGGGAAGAAGGAAUCUGGACAAUUGAGAUUUGGAGGAAAAGACAGACCUUUCAAGAGGCCAAUCAUCACCGAACCGAGAAAGUAAUAAAUAGAUAUUUAUGUAACAGACAUGGGGACUCUGAAUAAAAUUUUUGUUGUAUUUGUAGACUAAAA